GGACUCUCCUCAUUGACAGUAUGCCUGUCAGAUGUCAUGUUAACAAUCUCAAAUUCACAAAUGUGGUCUUAUAAGUACUACAGGUUCAAGUAAUUUUAAUUAUUAUGGUGUGUUCCCGUUGAGAGGUAAAUUGCUUAAUGUGAGGGAAGCAAGCCAUAAACAGAUCAUGGAGAACACUGAAAUUCAGAGCAUCAAGCAGAUUCUUGGACUUCAGCAUGGAAAACAGUAUGACAGUGUGAAGACUUUGAGAUAUGGUCAUUUGAUGAUCAUGACUGAUCAGGACCAUGAUGGAUCACAUAUUAAAGGGUUGUUGAUUAAUUUUAUUCAUUCAUUUUGGCCAUCGUUGCUAAAAAUUCCUUUUUUCUUAGUUGAGUUCAUUACACCUAUUGUGAAGGCUACUCACAGAAAUGGGAAAGUUCUAGCGUUUUAUUCCAUGCCGGAGUAUGAAUCUUGGAAGGAGAGUUUGGGAGGCAAUGCCAGCGGUUGGUCCAUUAAGUACUAUAAGGUUUGUAUGUUCAAGAUCACAUGA